AUGUCGAAAUCCUGCCCUGUACUCCUCAUUGAAACUGCCUUCUGUCGAGCGUGCUUUCCUACCUACACCCACUUAUUUUUCGUACUUGGUAUAAGAACAUCCACUUUUAUUGGUCGCCAGACCUGGCGAGGAAAGGUAGUAAUAAUAAUACCAACAACAACAACAACAAGCCGAGAUUCUGGCUCCGUAGAUUAUACUAAAACCUCGUCGACCGUAAGCCGACUCGGACGUGUAUUUGAUAGUUCUUACAAAUACACACACAUACGAACACCAAUAAACAAGUGUACGCGAGACCUAAGCACUCUACCUGUCUUACCUUUCCAGUCGUGCUUCGAAAGUCUAACAUAGAGCAAGUAUCAGGAUUAACGGCCAGAUUAUUAUUUCGGUACUUUAUCAUUAGACAGUCUUGGAUAUUUAUACGUUUGUGUGGUUAAAUACGAUCCUGUGCAUUUUAAUUAUUGUUGUUUUAGUUCGGGUUUUCCGUGGAAAAUGUGAAAAAUCGUGACCGUUCGGGCGAGAGAAAGAGAGAGUGUCAGUGCGCGAUUAUUUUUUGUUUUGUAGUAGUACCUACCUACCGCGUAUAGUUUGUUGAGUGUUAGGAGGCUGUGAAUCCUGGACACAGGAUGAGGAUUUUAAAACAUUACUGGCCACGAAGACGUUCGGGGAGCAGCAUCGUCGUAUUGGACGGCGAGCUGGAUACGGUAAAGAAGCCCCCGGACGAUUUGGACGUGGACAGUGCGGCCCUGGAUUACAACAUGGUGAUGAUGUUGGCGGGAGAUAACGGACCUCAUCGGGAAAUGGCCGUUGACGUACCCGACACGUUCAUCGCCAGGAAUAAAACCCCACCGCGCUAUCCACCCCCAAAGCCGAAAAUACAAACCGGACUUAAUGGAAACAUGCCGAUUCCUGCGACGUCGACGGCGGCGACGCCGGUGGUGUCUUCUACUGCGACGUCGAUAUCGGGUUCGAAACCAGUGCCUCCACCACGUGAUCAUCUCAAAAUCGAAAAAGAUGGUCGACUGGUGAACAGGGCGCCCGCCCCCCAACUACCCGCUCGCAUUACCAACAAUAACAAUAACAUCAUCGGUACAGGUACACCUACGGCGAUACCUGUGGCGCCACCCGUUGUGCCACCCCCGACAGUGGCCGCGACGGAACCCACCAGGGAGCAGUUGGAUAGUAUUCGAAAAUAUCAGGAACAAAUUCGAAAACGAAAAGAAGAGGAGGAACGAAUAGCUGCUCAAAACGAAUUCAUCAAUCGAUCUCUGAGGGGUUCCCGAAAACUUCAGGCCUUGGAAAGUAAACCUCAAGGUACAGUAAAUGAUGCAUUCGCUGAAGAUGACACAACGCACGAUUCAUCGAGGUCCACGACACCUGCGGCCAAUGGGGAAAAGGAAAUUGUUCACACUGUUUACCAUUAUGGUGAUCUAGUGGCAGCUGUACAACGGUUGCAAAUACAGUUGAAGAAAGCAGGAACGGGUGGAGGUUUGGGAGGUUUGGAAGGCAGAGUGGCAGCGGUCCAGUCCCUCUUGCUUUCCCCUCAAUUUGGACGUGCUUUGGCCAUCCAUAACAAAGUGCAAACGGUGCGAUCGCGAAUCAGUUCUCGACCAGUUGCCAAUGCUCAAGUUGCGCUAAGAGACUGUCUAGAUGCCUUAGGGAAUUCCCAAAGCGCUUCCGCCGUGGAACUCGCAACAUUACUCACAGGGUACGAAUUAGAAGCUCUUAUGGUAGCCCACGAUGGUGUCGCUUCAACAUUACCUCCCGACUCCGUAACGCCAACGCCCUCAACCGCAGAGACAAUACCACAAACGUUACCUGAUCACUACGGAGCGGACAAUAUCAAAAUAAUCAAAAUCGAAAAGAGCACCGAACCUCUUGGUGCCACAAUCAGAAACGAAGGGGACGCUGUAGUUAUAGGGAGGGUAGUGAGAGGAGGAGCAGCGGAAAAGAGUGGCCUGUUGCACGAAGGCGAUGAAAUCUUAGAAGUGAACGAAAUCGAAAUGCGCGGCAAAAGCGUGAACGCUGUCUGUGAUAUUCUGGCAACUAUGGAAGGGACCCUAACGUUCCUCAUAGUUCCCGCGUCCCAAGCUAGAAGCCAUUCAGGCCGGGACUCCGUGCUACACGUCAAGGCGCAUUUCGACUAUGACCCCGAAGAUGACCUUUACAUACCCUGUCGUGAACUCGGCAUUAGCUUCCAGAAAGGCGAUGUUCUGCAUAUCAUUAGUCAGGAAGACCCUAGUUGGUGGCAAGCCUACAGAGAAGGCGAAGAAGAUCAAACGCUGGCAGGUUUGGUGCCAUCUCAAUCAUUCCAGCAUCAGAGAGAGACAAUGAGACUUGCAGCAAGUGAAAGGUAUCCAAAGGCUCAGCGGAAAGCCACAACGUUGUUGUGUGGGAAAGCCCCUAAACGGAAAAAGAAGAAGGGAGCAUACGCUGAAGGUGGAUAUCCAAUAUAUGCCAAUGCCAUCGACGAGUAUGAGCCUGACGAAAUUUUAACAUACGAAGAAGUAGCCUUAUAUUAUCCUAAAGCCAAUCAAAAGAGACCCAUUGUCCUCAUUGGUCCGCCUAAUAUUGGAAGGCAUGAACUGAGACAAAGGUUAAUGGAAGACUCAGAAAGAUUUGCCGCAGCCAUCCCUCAUACCUCAAGAGCAAGGAAAGACAACGAGGUGGAUGGUCAAGAUUAUCAUUUCAUAACAAGAGCUCAGUUCGAAGCAGACAUUUUAUCUCGGAAAUUUGUCGAACAUGGAGAGUACGAGAAAGCUUAUUAUGGCACUUCACUAGAUGCUAUUAGAUCAGUAGUUAAUUCAGGAAAAAUAUGUGUAUUGAAUUUACAUCCUCAGAGUUUGAAAAUAUUGAGGACGUCGGAUCUGAAACCCUAUGUUGUGUUCGUAGCGCCACCUAGUUUAGAAAAACUACGUCAAAAGAAGAUAAGAAGUGGCGAAGCCUUUAAGGACGAGGAAUUGAAAGACAUAAUUGAAAAGGCAAGAGAAAUGGAGAGUAAGUAUGGUCACUUCUUUGACAUGGUAAUUAUUAACAAUGAUACGGAAAGGGCGUACCAUCAGCUGCUGGCGGAAAUCAACAGUCUGGAAAGAGAACCACAAUGGGUACCAGCAGCCUGGGUGAAAGCCCUCUAAUCCGAUCAUUAUCUAACUGUAUAAUUAUUGUUAUUAAUGAUAUUGUAUACUACUGUGUUUUUAGUUAAAAAAAAUAUCGUCGUUAUUAUCUAGUAUUUACGUAUCGUUUUUUAAACUGUCAACAGUGGGACAGCAAUAACAUUUAUAUAAAAAAGCGGAAAAACAAAUUGUUGCUGUCUCACUUAGUUUAUCAAAGCGACGUUGUAUACUGUAUAAUGGGAUCUGUUAGAAAGUAUCGGCAAAAAAAAGCGUACCAGGAGACAAAAAUUAUCGAAAUACAUAUUCAUUUUCAAAAUGUAUUGUGCAGAACCUUAGAAAGUAUGGACAGUGUAAUUACCUAAGUUGUUGGCUUGGUUUACCAUUUUUUUCCACAUGAAACUCUAUCUCCAAUAGUAUUAUAAGAAAAUCAAAAGGAGUUUUGUGGAACUGCAUUAUAUAAAAAACUAAAACCUAAAAUUAGACAUGAAAACGUUUAAAAAACCUAAAACGCGUUUCGACGCCUAAGGUGUCAUCCUCAGUUAGAAAAUAAGUUUACUACACAAAAAUUUAAGGCUUAACAAUAAAUUAAAACUAAACUUAUACAAAUGCAAAUAAUAUGCAACACAAUAACUUAUUGCCUGUGCUAAUUGGCACCAUUUAUAAUUUAAAUAAAUCUUACCUUUAAAGAUAAAUGCAAAUCAAUCUCUUAAUAAAUAACUCGUCACAACAACUGCACCGCACAUCGCGAAGUGGUUACGGUGGUCCAAAAACUGAAUAAAAACAAGAACAACAGAUAAAACAUCUGCCAAUGAUUCGAUAAGGAAGAGCUUUCUACAAUGGCCUUGGACAUUCCUGAAUUAGGUUUUUUGCUGCAUUCUCUAAAGAUGUUUACCAAGGUGCAGUUAUCGUUGUUUUGCCCGCUUAAGACAUAUAUAAAAGCUUGCUCCGGAUAAUUGUUUAAUAUUUUUAGAUUUGGUUGUAAAAUUGUGUUUUGAAAUUAUAGUCUUUAACAGAAAAUAACGCGUUUUAAGCUUUUUAAAAGUUUUUAUUAGGUGUUAGGAUUAUGUAUUUUAUUUAAAUAAUAGUUUCGUUCCCACUUUUUACACUUUUGACUACCGCACAAUAAGAAGAAUGUUUCUUAAUUUUUUUUUCGGUCCCUGGUUGCGUUUCUUUUUUUCAUGCAAUUGUACAAGGAGAGAAAGUGAUGUAAAGAGAUGCGGCAUGUAGCAUACUACCCAUGGCCUAAUCGAUAAAAUGGUGCUACAAUUUUUCUCUUUCUGAUCUAUUCUCUGUCGUUAUAAUAAUAAAAUUUUGAUUUGUUUUCAAUUCGUAAUAAUCCGAUAUGUAUGUAGCCAACAAAAUCGGUUGGUCGUUGCUGAUUUUAUAGUAAGAAGGACCAAAUUUUACUAAUUGUUUGUCUUAAUAUAAAUAUAUGUAUAUGCGGACAUCACUUAGUGCUGUGAUCAGUACUGCGCAUGCGGGCAGUAUUCAAAGUCGAAAACAGUUUAAGUAUUAGAGAAGGCAAUAAUAAUAUGAAUGUAUAUAGGAACUAGGAUUAUUCAGUCUUGUUAAAUAUAUGUAUAGAAAGCAACUAUAGCUUCACGUGUUGUAAAAAGUGUAUAAGUACUUAUGUAUACUAAUCAGUGUUUUAUAGCAAUUUUAAAACCAUUUACUUUACUUUUUUACAUCUUAUCAAUUUUAUAUUACAUAUUUGUGGGUUCUUGUUGUAAUUUAUCCACAACAAUUCACAUUAUGUAAUACUUACGAUUAGUGUUGCGUCAUUUUAAGAUGAAUUUUAUGAAAUAAAUCAAAUUUAAAGAAUAUUUUCUUAUAAAAGCUUCUAAAAACGAAGCACAGCUUCUAAUUCGACUAGUCCUUAUAGGCACUGGCCACAAAGAUUUAAUAAAACAUAGAGGCUUUUAUAAAAAAAAGGUACCGUUUUUACCAUUUCUCAUAUUAAAAAGAGCUUUUUCUGCUUUAAAAAUAUUAUAUAUACAUUAAAACACUCGUUUUCUGACAAACAAGCCGAAAUACUAAAAAAAAAUAUUCGAUAUCAAAGUAUUUAAAUCUAAGCUCACCUCUAGGAAUAAUUAUAUUUAUAAUUUUACCUAACGUAGUUUUUGAAAAUAAAUCUCUACAAAUGUUAUAAGUAAACUGAUGAUGAUGUUCAUAACAAUACUUAAAUAGGUAUUUCUUUACAUAUCAAAUCAAAAUAGCUUUUAACGUUCCCUGUUUUUGCUACAUUCCAUCACCAAGGCUUGUUGGUAUCCAAUAUUAAAUAAUGUGGUACUCUAAUAAUAAAUA